CGAUCGAGCCCUUGCCCAACGUGGUGGAGCUGUGGCAGGCAGAAGACGGGGACCUCCUGCUGCCCUCCCAGCCCCGAGGAGGCCAUGGAGGGCGAGUCGCAAGAACAGAGCUUCUCGGACAAAUUAUUCAGUGGAAAAGGCUUACAUUUUCAGCCAUCCGUUUUAGAUUUUGGAAUACAGUUCCUGGGACACCCCGUGGCGAAGGUCCUUUACGCUUACAACCCGAGUGCGGACAGCGAGGUGGUGGUGACCUCGGUGUCCACAGCUGCUACACACUUUCACGUGCCCCCCGUGCACUGCAGGGUAAUCCCAGCCUUGGGGAAGACCUCUUUCCGAAUUAUUUUCUUGCCUACUGAAGAAGGGAGCAUCGAAAGUUCCUUAUUUAUUAAUACCUCUUCCCAUGGAGUCCUCUCCUAUCAUGUGUCUGGAAUCGGCACUCGUAGAAUCUCUACAGAAGGGUCCGCACAGCAGCUACCGAAUGCUCAUUUCCUGCUUCCACGCGUCCAGAGCAUUCAGCUCUCACAAAACCAGGUCAGUGCGCCAGACUUCCUAGGAAGGCUAGCAGUCCCCACGCACUGUGGUCCUCCCCAUUCACAGUCCUCGUGCCGAGCCCUUUCACGUGUCUGGAAUCGGCACUCGUAG